AAAGGCGUUGGGGUUCGGGUGGCGUGGGUACCGAACCCAACAGCAACACCAACCCACCCAACCCAAACCCCAUCCGCAAACCACUCCGGCCCCGCCGCGCCCCGUCUCUUUCCUACCCCCACAGAGGAGAGCACUGGCAGUGGCACACACCGCGCCGCGCCGCGGCCACGUCAAUAUAGAAGUAGGAGCAGUAGGCUGUAUGCCAUGGUAGUGGCGCCACCACUUCUACGCCUACUACGCCUAUAGUAUUCGGCUGCCCUCCUCCGCUCCGCUCGCCUCUUCCCCUGCUGCGCUGCGCUGCAACGAACUUGGCGGGCGACCAGUGGCCGGCGGGGCCAGUGCUGCGGCGCGCGCGUGCGGACCUAACGCGCCCUUUUCGCUGGAGUAAAGGCUCACUACCUGCCCGGCUGCCGCUGCUGCUAUCUGCUCGGCUUGGUGCUUGCUCCAACAGCAGUCAGCAGGUCAAGGGGCAGUUCCGGUUGGGUUCGGCGCCGCGCGGCUGUCCAAACGUGGAUAAUCCAGCAGCAGUGCCUGCCAUGAGCAAGGACCAGCUGCCGCGACGGUUCAUCGCCAUCCCCUUCUCCUCCGGCUGCCGCUCCCACUCCAGCGUCGACGUCGUCGACACCGCGCGCCACGCCGGCAAGAAGCCCCACCCGCAAGCAGGGAUUGAGUUCGGGGUCGUGCCGGGCGGCGCGUCGGCGAGGCCGGCGGCGGCGGCGGCGGCGGGCAAGGGGGAGUCGCUGGUGGCGCGGCUCCUCCGCGGGUUCAAGAACCUGUCCCAGAUCUUCGCGGUGUACGACGAGGACGAUGAGGAGGAGGAACGGGAGAUGGUGAUCGGGCUCCCCACGGACGUCAAGCACGUGGCGCACAUCGGCUGGGACGGCAGCACCAGCACCACCACCAGCCUCCGCUCCUGGAACCGCGCCGCGCCGCCCCCACCACCGGCAUCCUCCUCCUCCUCGUCCGCGUCCGCGUCCACCUCGGCCGCCGCCGCGCCGGCGACCCAGCACCAGCACCAGCCGCCGGAGCAGUACCCGCUGCCCCUGCCGGCGCUCGACAUGCGGCAGUUCGAGCUCGCCAUGGCCGCCCAGGCCGCCGCCGGCACCAGCGGCCCCCACCGGCGCCACAGCUAGCGCCGCGUCAAGCCAGGGGGAGUAGGUACAUGGUACGCUCUCGGCUCGUCAGUCGUCACAGGCCGUCGUCCGUUUCUGCCGUCCACCUCCGACCGUCCCCAUGUGGAGCAGGGUGGGGACGGACUCGAGCGAGCGAGGGAGCGCCUGGGGUGCGUGGCUCCGUGGCUGCCUUCCUCGGCUCCUCCUCCCGCCCGUUCUCCGUCCGUCCUGGUCGUCGCCGUGUCGUCGGAGUUGGUGCAUGCUUCGUUUGCUUGUGCUUUGGCCAUUGCUGCUGGUGCGCUGUACGUAGCCCACUUUUUCCCCGGGGAUUUUUCUUGUUGGCUUGCUACUUGUUGCCUUCACUUCUCCUCCUGUUCCUUACUACCGCCAUUACGAAAAAAUCUUAAUUGUUCGCUUUACACGGUACUCCAUGGGUUUAUUGUU